AUGCCGUUGGAGGACGGCGACGAGUAUGCACAGCGGCGCACUGCUGGGGAUGCUGGUGCUGCUGCAGUCAUCGAGGGCAGUGAGCAGACGCAGGAGAGGGUCAUGUGGCUGGAGCUAGGGCUGUGCAAAGCACUGAUCCGCGCUGUGUCGCACCUCGGCUACAUUGCACCCACACCAGUGCAGGCGAAGGCCAUUCCUGCGGUACUGCGAGGAGUCGACGUGUGUGCGCGAGCCGUCACGGGAUCCGGCAAGACUGCCGCCUUCUUGCUACCGCUAGCGCACCUACUCCUCACGCGGCAACCGCAGAAGGCAACGAUGAUGAACAGUCGACGCCGCUUUAUCCGCGCUGUUGUGCUGUUGCCCACACGGGAGCUCGGCGUGCAGUGCCAGGAGAUGCUAAGGCAGCUCCUCCAGUUCACGUCAGGGCUGACGGUGGCGCUGGCCAUCGGCGGCGUCGCGCCUGCGGCGCAGGUGGCCGCGCUGGAUGCAGCGCCCGAUAUACUGGUGGCUACUCCUGGCCGGCUUGUGGAUUACAUCCACAACUACAAGGACGGCGCCGGUCUCGACCUAACCGGGGUGGAGGUGCUGGUGCUGGAUGAGUGCGACAAGAUGCUGACGGUCACUUUGCAAGAUCAGGUGUUAGAUAUUCUGCAGCACGUACCGGAAGAGACGCGCCAGAUGCUCAUGUUCUCUGCCACCAUGACGAAGGAUGUGGACGAGUUUGCCAGAGAGCAUCUCUUCAAACCCCUUAACAUCGACAUCGGCCACAUCGCCUUGCAGUCGAAGCUCCGGCAGCAGUUUGUGCGCAUCCGCAUCACCCCCGAGACGCCAACGCCCACUGCCGACGAUGUAGAUGCCGCCACCGCCACCACCGCAGCAGCCACAGCGAAGGGUAGUGAGACACCGCGGGAAAAACGACUGCGCCAGAAGCGGCGUCGGGCAGAGCGGGCGUCAGCUGACGACGAGGAUGUGCAGAACGGCGCUGCCACGGCCGAAAGCGAGCAGGAGCAUAUCGCCAAGGUCAAGACACGCUACCUCGUUGCUCUCUGCCACAACUACCUAAAAGACAAGACGAUCAUCUUCUGUCGCUACCGCACCACCACGCAUCGACUGACCCUCGUUUUCAAGGCAUUGGGGUUGUCUGUCGCGGAGGUACAGGGCAACCAGCUGCAGGAAGAGCGUUUUCAGGCCUUCGAGAAGUUUGCUCGCAGCGAGGUACGGUACCUGAUCACCACGGAUGUGGCGUCGCGCGGGCUUGACAUUCAAGGAGUGGCCACGGUGCUCAACUACGACUUGCCACCCACCCUCACGGCUUACAUCCACCGCGUGGGGCGCACCGCACGCAUUGGGCAGACCGGCACCGCGGUGUCUCUCGUGCACGAGGUCGAGGACGCCGACAUCAUGCGCAAGAUCCUCUCGGUGAGCGGCGCUAUCAAUGACCAUCAGGUGGCGACUGUGAAGCGCCGCGAUGUGCCGGAUGCACUACUGGCCAAGGCGACCAAAGACGUCGACAGCGUCUUUCCGCAGGUGCGAGCGCAGCUGGCGGCCGAGCAACUGGAGGAGAAGAUCUCCCAGGCUGAGAGGCGCUACGGCGCCACCAAAGACGGCUUCCUCAGCGAGGUGACAACAAAAGCGAAGCGCGAGUGGUGCCUCAGCCGCGAGGAGCGCAAGAAGCGCGACGAGGAGGCGCGUCGUCUGUACGAGAAGGAGGCGGAGGUGACGAUCAACCACUUUCAGAAUGAGUUGUCAAACCUGGCGCGAGAGGAGACGGAGAUUCUGCAGCGUCAACGAAAGGUGCGCCGCUUGGAGCGGGACAAGAAGACGCGCGAGGAGGGCAAGGUCAAGGCCCGUGCGCGUGAGUUGCGCAUGAAGAGUGAGAAGAAGAUCCAAGCCGGUGUUGUGAAGAAACUCAAGCAGCGAAAGAUCCGCCAGGCUUCCAAGGAGCGGCGUGCCGCGGCGCGCGCGCAGAAGGGCGUUGCGCCCUACAAGCACGGCGACGGUAAACAGCGCAACAAGAAGUCCCGUCAUAAGAGGCGCAUGAAGAAGCACUGA